UUGGAAUCUCACUCUCCAGUCUUCCCACGCACACACAAACACACGCUUGUGGAGGCGUUGUCCAUGAGUUGCUCGGCCAUGGUCGAUGGAUCAUCGUAGAGCUUUGAUGGCAUCCGCUUUCAACUUCAAUUAGUCUCAGCUCGUGGCCGCAUUCUGUGUAAUAUAUGCAACAGAAAUGCCUGUGAAAUCCGUCCAUGGACAGCAGGGAGGAGGAUAACCUUCCGGCAGACCACAACCAUGAUUCCAAUCUCUACCGUUCAUUUAACGCAAGCACGUCUUCUUCUUCAUCUUCCUUCAACUCUUCUCCCCCUGACUUCCUCCGUAAUGUACAAGCCGCCUUCAAGCGCCAUCGUAUGAUGCCUCGGAUGAACUUGAACAACUUCCAACCUAGACGAUUAGUGGCUCAUCGACAGGAAACAUCAAAUAGCUCAAGCCCAAUACUAGAUUCCAAAACGGAUGAAUCUCAUCAUGUUUCAGCAAAACCAUUGGCCAAGAAUAUGAUGACUCUUACCACUUAUAAUCAUGAAUCCGCUUCAGUCACACCGCCUUCGAUUUCAGGCACACCUACUGAAGAAGGGAAGUUUAAAUCAAUUGAUGCUCAGAGAUGUCAACCUAGUAUUAACUGUGACUGUAAAAACAGAAAUUCUUUUGAUUUGCCAUGCUUACAAUGCAAACAAGUUGUACCAGUUGAUGCUCCAAAGAAGGUUCAGUUUGCAUUGGAAAAUGAUGCAAGAUCUCAUAUGGGUUCACUUGCAUUGACAGAAAUGGAAUGUGACACAAAUAAUCAACUAAAUGCCCCAGCUGUUCUCAAUCAUGAUCCAAAUCUCCAGAAUGUUCAUAAUUUGGAUUCUGAUCUUACUUCAAGGCCUAAUGAUGAAAGAAACUUCCUACAAAGUGACUUUGGACACCACAUGACUUCAUCUUCAAACCUUGGCUCAACUUGUUGUGCCACAACACUAGUGAAUUCAGUACAUGCUCCCAUGGUUAAUUCAACAACACACAGUUGUCCUGAAAACAAAUGUGAGCUUCCUAGAAAUCAGCAAGGUAAAGAAACAGGGUCUUCUUCUUCUAGCAUGCUUAAAGAUCCUCCUCCUGUUUCUGACAAGUCAACCAAGGGGGACCCACUUUCAGUUGAUGCUAUUGAUUUAAAGAAUGAUGUGAAAUCAGCAUCUUUGAAGUCUGGAAAGCAGGAAAAGCCUGCUUCAAAGAAAGAUUCUUCAGCACCUCGUAAGCGAAAUUAUGAUCCGGAUUUGUUUUUUAAGGUUAAUGGAAAACUCUAUCAAAGGCUUGGAAAGAUAGGCAGUGGAGGAAGUAGUGAGGUCCAUAAAGUAAUUUCUCAAGAUUGUACAAUCUAUGCAUUGAAAAAGAUAAAGCUUAAAGGUCGUGACUAUGCAACUGCAUAUGGGUUCUGUCAGGAAAUUGAAUAUUUAAACAAACUCAAAGGAAAAGACCAUAUUAUCCAACUCAUUGAUUAUGAGGUGACAGAUAAGGCUUUGCUGAAGGAAGUGAUGAGUGGUUGUAUGAGCAAUAAAGAUGGAAGAGUGAAGGAAGAUGGGUGUAUAUACAUGGUACUUGAAUAUGGUGAAAUAGAUUUAGCUCACAUGCUCUCACACAAAUGGAGGGAACUUGACACUUCCAGCUCCACCAUUGAUGAGAACUGGCUUCGUUUUUACUGGCAGCAAAUACUUUUAGCUGUUAAAACCAUUCAUGAGGAACGAAUUGUGCACUCAGACUUGAAGCCAGCCAACUUUCUCCUUGUGAGAGGCUCCCUCAAACUUAUAGAUUUUGGUAUUGCAAAAGCUAUUUUAAGUGACACCACAAACAUUCAACGCGAUUCUCAGGUGGGGACACUGAGUUACAUGUCCCCUGAAGCAUUCAUGUGCAAUGAAACAGAUGCAAAUGGGAACACCAUAAAAUGCGGUAGACCCUCAGACAUUUGGUCACUCGGAUGUAUACUUUACCAAAUGGUAUAUGGAAAAACACCAUUUGCUGAUUACACAACUUUUUGGGCAAAAUUCAAAGUCAUAACCGAUCCAAAUCAUGAAAUCCAUUACCAACCACCUCCCCCAAAUCCAUGGCUUCUUGACCUAAUCAAGAAGUGCCUCGCGUGGGACCGCAAACAAAGAUGGACUAUCCCUCAACUCCUUCAACACCCUUUCCUUGUCCCCCCGAUUCCGGUUCCGGUGUCCGACCGGAAUCUUAUUCAGUUGGUUUCCGAUUCCUGUCGCGAAGAUCGGAAUGCGAUGUUGAUGUGUUCGAGGCUUCAAGAAUUGGUGACUGAUCCGAUCGGUUUGGGAUCGGUUGAUGAAAAAUGUAAGUUGCUUGAUGAAAUGUCGAGGCUUUGUAUUCAAUUGAAGGAGUUGUUAGGUAAACCGGAAUCUAAUUAGUUGAUAUGUAUGUAAAAGUAUGUA